UAAAGUCUCACCGGAUGCGGAUAAGCCUUCUGCCAUUGGCUGUGCGACGUCAAUGGCUUCAUUCCCAUCACCUUCGUGAUCCUCCCAACUCUGACUAUACCUUCCAAGACAAAUACCCCGAAUCUCACGUAGACAAUCGAGCAUUGAAAUUCAAGUAUGGCUAUGGAGAUCCUCCCCCAGGAAGUCGUCGACCAGAUCGCAUCAAACUUACACCGACCUGAUCUCAAGAACCUACUGCUACUAUCACCUAAGCUUCGCACCGCGGCGGAGAAGUACUCUGAUGGCUUCACAGAUUACACGCUGCGAGUGCGUGAUCUCUGUGAGUUCGAGGAAAAGUUUCGCGGUGCGCGCUUCUGCUGGCUGCGGAAGCUGGAAUACAAGCUGGUGUUGCUGCCUCAGCGACUGCCGAAUAGGAUUCGCUCAACGACAGAUAACGCCGCAGAAGCGAAGCGCAACGCGGAGUAUCUUUCCAGCCAGAUCCAUCAGUUGUUUGAUUGCCUGAAGAACCUCGAAGAACAUGAUGGACCGCAAGGCACGAUAGAUCUUGCAAUCACCAGUCCUGAGACGCGUGAGACAGAGAUUAGGAUACCAGAAGCAUGGUUCAUACGGCUCCUUGACCCAGACCGGCUACCAACGCUCACAUCUAUCGGCUCUCUUCACCUAGGACCUUCUCCGACUCAGCGGCAGUCGAACUAUUUUAGCAGAUUCGAUCUUAGAGCUACGCUUGAUCUCUCACUCAAACUCCCAGGCAUUGAGAGCGUAAAUGCCGAACUCUUCGACGAACACAACUGCGAUGCUGAAAUCGACCGGGUGCGCGUCCAUGGGCGAGAGGAUUUCGCGAGGGCCGCUACGAACAUGUCUCUGCAGACAAGGAAAGCCGAGUUGAGAUUCCAGAGCCGGAAGGCACAUCAACAUCUCGACCACGAUGCUGCGAUGCCGAAACUCAUCCUCUCAGGGUCGUCGGACUCUUUUAGCUCAAGUCUAAGGAUUCUAUGCCAAAACCUCACCCAACUUCGACUGAGUGCCAUUAUUGACCAUUCUUUUUUCUGGUCCGAGGAUGACAGUGGUUUGGUCUGGCCUAAUCUGGAAUCAUUGGAGGUCAAAUUUCACCCAGUCACCCCUUCCGGUUCCUGGUAUUUCAUGGGACCCCGUGGAGAAGGCAAGGACGUGCAGGGAUACCCUGUUGAAGGUGUGGGGUAUGCCAGUCAAGGGCAUUCCGCUAACAGCGAUACCAUCAUACUCGGCCAUGCUCCUUGCAGGCCGUCAGGAUGGCGUCUCAAGCCUAAUCCAGACACACUGUAUCCGCUACUCACCGCGUUCGCCAAGGCAGCGGCCAAGAUGCCUCGCUUGAGAGAAGCUAUGAUAUGGGCGCCAAUCUGGUGGUACUUGGGAGAUCACAUCUCGCCCAAGUUCUCAUACAACAGAGGAUUCGACAUGAUGAACAGCCAGAGGUCACUCGGCUGGGGGAUAGGGUACACGGCACCAGAUGCCGAUGAGGCCUCGGGCUCUGUAGAGUCCGAUGAUGAGGAUGUUCGGCUUUUUGAGUGGAGAACAGGCAGUUGGGAGGCGGAUGAGGCGUUAAAACAGCUGUUCCAUAACAUUGGUCGCGAGACGCACGGUGACGAGUUUGAAGACGAUUGGGAUCCAGAAACAAAUCAGGAAGAUUUGUUCUUUGAGAAUUUCUGCCAAGGCGAAAGAAAUGCGUGAUGUCAGGCGCGCAGAAUGUUUAUGGAAGAGAGAGGUUUCGAUGUAGCUUGUUAGUAAUUGAGCGCAAUUGGAUUCUUCUGUCUCUGUCUAGCACUGUCUCUAUGUCCCCUUUGCAGAUACAAGAUUGAGAUUAAUUUUACUAUUGUGUCAGAAACCAAC